AUGUCAACAUCGCUUAGUUUAAUUAGAUUACAAGAAGAAAGAAAACAAUGGAGAAAGUCCCAUCCAUAUGGUUUUUACGCUAGACCUAAAAAGGAAGCAGACGGAUCCUUGAAUUUGAAAAGUUGGGUUGCAGGUAUCCCAGGCAAAGAUGGCACUCCUUGGGCAGGUGGUUUAUAUCCAGUCACUAUCUUAUUCCCAGACGAAUAUCCAUCUAAACCUCCAAAGGUUCAGUUUGAACAAGGCUUUUACCAUCCAAAUGUUUAUCCUUCCGGGACCGUGUGUUUGAGUAUUUUAAAUGAUGAACAAGCAUGGAGACCUACACUUACGUUGACACAAAUACUUCUUGGUGUGCAAGAACUCUUGGAUAAUCCAAAUACAAAAUCGCCCGCUGGUGACUCAUACAGGGCUUUCAACGAACGUCCUGAAGAAUACAAAAAGAAAGUUAUAGAGCAAGCCAAAAGGUACGCACAAACAGACUAG